GUCAGCGUAUGGAACACUAAUUUUGGAGGCUCUAUCCCGCUGCAAAACACUCAUGUCUCCGCGCACCUCUCUAGAGAGUUCUCUCUCCUUCUAGGAGCACUUUUCGAUAUCCCAUUUGUCAUCGGCUACCAGUCCAUCAUUGUUCCUUCUGUCGCGUUCUUUUACUACAAGCUGUUCGACUCGGCGGAGUACCAGGAGCGAUUCCCGCAGACCUUCGCCGAAGCAAUGAUCAGCUUCCUCUCCACUCUUCAACGUCUCGCGGACCAAAUCGAGUAA